AAUUUCUGGUUUCUCGGACGAAUGAACUAUCUUCGAGGUUGUGCCUGGUGAAGUUCAUAAAAAUUCCUCUCUACACCUCCAAAGCUUCUACCCGCCUUCCCUUCUGCACUCAGUGAAACACACACUUUAUUGAGGAAAAUCUAUCGGGAGAAAAGAGAAAUAUCGCCCCUCGACGGAAUCGUCAACUCUGCACAGCAAUCCGAACAAAUUAAGAGUCAAGUGAGUCUGUUUCUUCAACUCGGGAGGUCAAUGAAGCGAAGAGAUGGUGAUCGUAACACGAGGUGACUACAUCUGGAUCGAGCCCGUCUCCGGGAGGGAAUUCGAUGUGGCGAUUGGAGCCAGGGUAGCGUCGGCGGAGGGACGCAGGAUCCAAGUGAAGGACGACGACGGUCACGAGCAAUGGCUGACGCCGGAGCGCCGAAUAAAGGCGAUGCACGCAUCGUCUGUCCAGGGAGUGGAAGAUAUGAUCUCCCUGGGAGAUCUUCACGAGGCGGGGAUUCUCAGAAAUUUGCUCAUUCGCUACAAUGACAAUCUUAUUUAUACAUACACCGGAUCCAUCCUGGUGGCAGUGAAUCCAUACCAGAUACUUCCAAUUUACACCGCGGAUCAGAUAAAGUUGUACAAGGAGCGGAAGAUCGGCGAGCUGCCGCCUCACAUCUUCGCGAUAGGAGACAAUGCUUACGCACACAUGAGACGAUAUCGUCAGGAUCAGUGCAUUGUGAUUUCCGGUGAAUCGGGCGCCGGGAAGACUGAGAGCACGAAACUCAUCUUGCAGUAUCUGGCGGCCAUCAGUGGAAAGCACUCGUGGAUUGAGCAGCAGAUUCUCGAGGCGAAUCCCAUUUUGGAAGCCUUUGGCAAUGCCAAGACAAUCAGGAAUGACAACUCAUCUCGAUUCGGAAAGUACAUAGACAUCCACUUCAACAGCAGCGGAGUGAUCGAGGGAGCGAAGAUUGAGCAGUAUUUGCUGGAGAAGUCACGAAUUGUGUCUCAGAGUCAGGAUGAGAGGAACUACCAUAUAUUCUACUGCCUCCUGGCGGGCCUCUCAUACGAGGAGAAGAGGAAAUUGGAGUUGGGAGAGCCUCAGGAUUACAGAUACUUGACUGGUGGGAAUAGCAUAACGUGCGAAGGACGAGAAGAUGCGGCUGAAUUCGCUGAUAUUCGCUCAGCAAUGAAGGUUCUCUUGUUCUCAGACAGUGAAAUCUGGGACAUCCUCAAACUCCUGGCAGCCCUGCUUCACUGCGGCAAUAUCAAAUACAAAGCUACGGUCAUAGACAAUCUCGAUGCCACGGAGAUCACGGAGAAUAUCAAUGUUGAGAGGGUGGCAAAUCUCCUGGGAGUGCCUGUUCAACCCCUCAUUGACGCCCUCACGCGAAAAACCCUCUUCGCGCACGGAGAAACUGUAGUGUCCACUCUAUCACGAGAUCAGUCCGUGGAUGUUAGAGACGCCUUCGCCAAGGGAAUCUACGGACGACUGUUCAUUCUGAUUGUGAAGAAGAUCAAUAGCGCCAUUUACAGACCUCGAGCCUCGUCCAGAAACUCCAUCGGAGUUCUGGAUAUAUUUGGAUUCGAAAACUUCGACCAGAAUAGCUUCGAACAAUUUUGCAUCAAUUACGCCAACGAAAACUUACAACAAUUCUUCGUACAGCACAUCUUCAAGCUAGAACAAGAGGAAUACAAUCACGAGGGAAUCAAUUGGCAACAUAUUGAAUUUGUGGACAAUCAAGAUGCUCUGGAUCUCAUUGCAAUUAAGCAGUUGAACAUCAUGGCGCUGAUAGAUGAGGAAGCCAAAUUUCCCAAGGGAACGGAUCAAACCAUGCUGGCAAAGUUGCACAAAACUCAUGGAUCACACAAGAACUACCUUAAGCCCAAGAGUGACAUCAACACGAGCUUCGGUCUCAACCACUUUGCCGGCGUGGUAUUCUAUGACACAAGAGGGUUCCUUGAGAAAAACAGGGACACCUUCAGUGCGGACCUCUUGCAGCUCAUUAGCAUAUCCAAAAACAAAUUCCUGCAAAUGGUCUUUGCCGAGGAUAUCGGCAUGGGCGCCGAGACAAGAAAACGCACUCCAACACUGUCUACGCAAUUCAAGAAGAGUCUCGACUCGCUCAUGAAAACCCUGAGCAGCUGCCAGCCAUUCUUCAUCCGGUGCAUCAAGCCAAAUGAGGCCAAGAAGCCAAUGAUGUUCGACAGAGGACUGUGUUGCCGACAAUUGAGGUACUCCGGAAUGAUGGAGACCAUUCGCAUCAGACGCGCCGGAUACCCAAUCCGGCAUGGAUUCCGUGAGUUUGUGGAGCGCUACAGGUUCCUCAUCUCUGGAGUGCCGCCGGCUCACCGGACAGACUGUCGCUUGGCCACUUCGAGAAUUUGUGCAGCUGUGCUUGGGAAGUCUGACUAUCAACUGGGCCACACAAAGGUGUUUCUCAAGGAUGCGCACGACCUGUUCCUAGAACAGGAGCGCGAUCGUGUUCUCACGCGAAAGAUCCUCAUUCUGCAGCGCUCCAUUCGAGGUUGGGUCUACCGAAGACGCUUCCUUCGCAUGAAGGCGGCCGCAAUAAUUAUCCAAAAGUACUGGAAAGGAUACUCUCAGAGGAAGAGAUUCGUCAAGAUGAAGGUGGGAUACAUGAGACUCCAGGCGCUGAUUCGCUCGCGAGUCUUGAGUCAUAGAUUCCGACAUCUAAGAGGUCACAUCGUGGGCCUCCAGGCUCAUGCCAGGGGAUACUUGGUGCGCAGAGAAUAUGGUCAUAAGAUGUGGGCUAUCGUGAAGAUCCAGUCUCAUGUGAGGAAAAUGAUCGCCAUGAGGAAAUUCCGUAAAAUGAGAGAAGAUUAUCGCCGCUACAAUGAGGCGCUGCGACUCAGGAAGAUCGAGGAGCAGGAACUGAAGCAUCAGGGCAAUAAGAGAGCUAAAGAGAUUGCUGAACAACACUACAGAGAUCGCCUGAAUGAGAUGGAGAGGAAAGAGAUGGAAAUCGAGAUGGAGGAGCGUCGGCGCGUGGAGGUGAAGAAGAAUCUGAUCAAUGAUGCUGCAAGAAAGGCAGAUGAACCAGUGGAUGAUAGCAAGUUGGUGGAGGCGAUGUUCGACUUCUUGCCGGAUUCCAGCAGCGAAGCACCAACUCCUCAUGGUGGACGCGAGACGUCGGUGUUUAAUGAUUUGCCAUCCGUUCAUUUGGAUCACCAGGAAGAGAUCAUCGGUCAGGUGCAUCAGAUUUCUGAGGACGAGGAAGACUUGUCAGAGUUCAAGUUCCAGAAAUUCGCAGCCACAUACUUCCAAGGCAACGUGACUCAUCAAUACUCCAGGAAACCACUAAAACAUCCUCUGCUACCGCUUCACACGCAGGGUGAUCAAUUGGCAGCACAAGCCCUCUGGAUAACCAUACUCAGAUUUACAGGAGAUCUUCCUGAACCGCGCUAUCACACCAUGGAUCGCGACAACACAUCUGUAAUGUCCAAAGUCACAGCUACUCUGGGGCGAAAUUUCAUUCGAAGUAAGGAAUUCCAGGAAGCGCAAAUGAUGGGCUUGGAUCCAGACACUUUUCUCAAGCAGAAGCCCCGCUCGAUCCGGCACAAGCUCGUGUCCCUGACACUCAAGCGUAAGAAUAAGCUUGGAGAGGAUGUUCGCCGACGUCUCCAGGAUGAAGAAUACACUGCCGAUAGCUAUCAGUCCUGGCUCGAAUCGCGUCCCACGUCGAAUCUGGAGAAACUCCACUUUAUCAUCGGCCAUGGCAUCCUGAGAGCUGAACUCAGGGAUGAAAUCUAUUGUCAAAUUUGCAAGGAACUCACCAACAAUCCGUCCAAAUCCUCCCACGCCCGUGGGUGGAUCCUCUUGUCACUUUGCGUGGGCUGCUUCGCCCCAUCUGAGAAGUUUGUCAAUUACCUGAGAGCCUUCAUUCGCGAAGGACCUCCCGGAUAUGCGCCAUACUGCGAGGAUCGCCUCAAGAGAACCUUCAACAAUGGCACACGCAACCAGCCACCCUCGUGGCUUGAGCUGCAAGCCACCAAGUCCAAGAAGCCCAUCAUGCUGCCCAUCACUUUCAUGGAUGGCAACACCAAGACCCUUCUGGCAGACUCCGCCACCACAGCGAGAGAGUUGUGCAAUCAACUCUCGGACAAGAUCCAGCUGAAGGAUCAGUUUGGAUUCUCACUCUACAUUGCGUUGUUUGACAAAGUCUCGUCCCUGGGAAGUGGUGGCGAUCACGUGAUGGACGCGAUCUCUCAGUGUGAACAGUACGCUAAAGAGCAGGGCGCACAGGAGAGGAAUGCCCCAUGGCGUCUCUUCUUCCGCAAGGAGAUCUUCGCGCCGUGGCACAAUCCAACUGAGGAUCAAGUGGCGACGAAUCUCAUUUACCAGCAAGUGGUCAGAGGUGUGAAGUUCGGAGAGUAUCGAUGCGACAAGGAGGAAGACCUGGCCAUGAUUGCUGCCCAGCAGUACUAUAUUGAGUACGGCAAUGACAUGUCCAUGGAGCGUCUCUUCACGCUCCUGCCCAAUUUCAUUCCUGAUUACUGUCUCACUGGUGUCGAGAAGGCCAUGGAUCGCUGGGCAGCUCUUGUCCUGCAGGCCUACAAGCGGAGUUAUUAUCUCAAGGAGAAAGUCCCCACGCUCAAAGUGAAGGAGGACAUUGUGAGCUACGCAAAGUACAAGUGGCCCCUUCUCUUCUCCAGGUUCUACGAGGCGUACAGGAACUCUGGGCCGAACCUGCCCAAGAACGAUGUCAUCAUUGCAGUCAAUUGGACAGGUGUGUACGUGGUAGACGAUCAGGAGCAGGUACUGCUGGAAUUGUCCUUCCCCGAGAUAACAUCAGUGGCUAGCCAGAAGACCAACAAGGUUUUCACCCAAACUUUCAGUUUGUCCACUGUUCGAGGAGAAGAAUUCACUUUUCAAAGUCCGAAUGCAGAGGAUAUUCGCGAUCUGGUUGUCUACUUCUUAGAAGGACUUAAAAAGAGAUCAAAGUUCGUGAUUUCCCUGCAAGAUUACAAAAGUCCAGGUGAGGGAACGAGUUUCCUGUCAUUCUUGAAAGGCGAUCUGAUCAUCCUCGAAGAGGACAGCACAGGCGAAACAGUGUUGAACAACGGCUGGUGCAUUGGACGCUGCGAGAGGACGCAGGAGCGCGGUGACUUCCCUGCCGAGACUGUGUACGUUCUUCCGACCCUCACGAAGCCACCCAAUGAUAUUCUGGCGCUGUUCAGUGUUGAAGACGCUCAUCAUGGUCGUCGUCUGAGCACAGUAUCUAAUGGAGGCACAGAACCCCGAGAUCGUCCUCACAACUUAUCCGAAUACGCUCUGGAUCACUUCCGACCGCCGCCGAAGAGAACCAUGUCCAAGACUCUGACGCUCAGCACAAAGCGAGGCAACGACGAACUGUGGCGUUACUCCAGAGAGCCACUGAAGCAACCACUGCUGAAGAAGUUGCUGAUGAAGGAGGAGCUGGCCGAAGAGGCCUGUUUCGCCUUUUCGGCUAUCCUGAAGUACAUGGGAGAUUUGCCGUCAAAGCGCCCGAGAAUCGGCAACGAGAUCACAGAUCACAUCUUCGACGGGCCACUGAAGCAUGAGAUCCUGAGAGAUGAGAUCUUCUGCCAGUUGAUGAAGCAACUCACUGACAAUAGAAAUAGAAUCUCAGAGGAGCGCGGCUGGGAGCUUAUGUGGCUGGCAAGUGGCCUGUUCGCUUGCAGCCAGGGUCUCCUGAAAGAGUUGACACUCUUCCUGCGCUCCCGACGGCAUCCCAUCUCUCAGGAUUGCCUGCAUCGCCUGCAGAAGACCAUUCGCAAUGGUCAGCGCAAGUAUCCGCCACAUCAGGUGGAAGUGGAGGCGAUUCAGCACAAGACCACGCAAAUAUUCCACAAAGUCUACUUUCCCGACGACACAGAUGAGGCAUUCGAGGUGGACUCCUCAACGCGCGCCAAGGAUUUCUGCCACAACAUUUCACAACGUCUCAAUUUGCGCUCCGCCGAGGGCUUCAGCCUGUUCGUGAAGAUCGCCGAUAAAGUCAUUUCGGUUCCGGAGGGUGACUUCUUCUUUGACUUUGUGCGUCAUCUCACAGAUUGGAUCAAGAAGGCGAGACCCACGCGCGACGGCACCAAUCCUCAGUUCACAUAUCAGGUGUUCUUCAUGAAGAAGCUCUGGACCAACACCGUGCCCGGCAAGGACAGGAAUGCCGAUCUCAUCUUCCACUAUCACCAGGAGUUGCCCAAGUUGCUGAGGGGAUAUCACAAGUGUGCCAAGGAUGAAGCGGCCAAGCUGGCGGCACUCGUCUACCGCGUGCGAUUUGGAGAGAGCAAGCAGGAGCUUCAAGCAAUUCCGCAAAUGCUGCGGGAGUUGGUGCCUUCGGAUCUCAUCAAAUUGCAGAGCAGUAAUGACUGGAAGCGCUUAAUUGUGGCCGCAUACAAUCAGGAUGCCGGAAUGAGUCCCGAAGACGCAAAGAUAACAUUCCUCAAAAUAGUCUACAGAUGGCCAACCUUUGGAUCCGCCUUCUUCGAGGUAAAGCAGACUACUGAACCCAACUACCCCGAAAUGCUCUUAAUUGCCAUCAACAAACACGGUGUCAGUCUCAUUCAUCCGCAAUCGAAGGACAUCCUGGUGACUCAUCCCUUCACGCGCAUCUCCAACUGGUCGUCCGGCAAUACGUACUUCCACAUGACGAUAGGGAAUCUGGUUCGCGGCUCGAAGCUCCUCUGCGAGACGUCGCUGGGCUACAAAAUGGAUGACCUUCUCACCUCGUACAUAUCACUAAUGCUCACAAACAUGAAUAAACAGCGCACUGUCCGGAUGAAUUAGUGGGCAGCAAGGAUUUCUCCUUCUAUAGAAUCUAUGUAACAAUAUUUAUAGCCAGUGCGCGAUAAUUAAGGCAAUUAUU